AAGAAUGAUCCUGAUGUCUACUUGGAAUGGGAGCAAAAGGUGGAGAUGAUCUUCGAAUGCCAUAACUAUUCGGAGGAGAAAAAGGUAAAACUUGCUGCCGUUGAGUUUUGUGAUUACGCUAGUGUUUGGUGGCAUCAAUUGUGUAGGGAAAGGAGACGAAAUGGAGAAAGACCCGUAGGGUCAUGGAUGGAGAUGAAACGCAUCAUGAGGAAGAGGUUCAUUCCUAACUAUUACUAUAGAGAUUUGCAUCAACGAUUGCAAACUCUAAGGCAAGGAACCAUGAGUGUGGAGGAGUACCACAAAGAAAUGGAAAUGGCUAUGAUUAAAGCAAAUAUGGAGGAGGACAGAGAGGCUACCAUGGCAAGAUUCUUGAAUGGUCUAAACAAGAAUAUUGCUGAUCUUGUGGAGUUGCAACAUUAUGUGGAGCUUGAGGACAUGGUGAAUGUGGCCAUGAAAAUUGAAAGGCAACUCAAGCGAAAGGUGCAAGUAAGUUUGAUUCUAAACUUAAUUCGAGAUGAUAAAUUUGCUAAGCCUAAAGUGGAUGAGAAUAAGAAUAAAAAUGAAAUAGGCAGCAAAAACAAAGUUGAGAAUCAAGCUAAUCAAUCUAGAAGCUUGAAGUGUUUUAAGUGUCUUGGACAUGGUCAUUAUGCACGUGAUUGCCCUAAUAAGAGGACCAUGAUUGUUAGAGAUGGAAUUGUUGAAUCUGAAAGUGAAAAUGAAAAUGAUGAUGAGAAUGAUGACAUGCCAACUUUAGAGGAUGUUAGUGAUAUUGAGUAUGCUAAAGGGGAUGUGUUAGUAGUACAACGCACACUUAGUUUGCAAUAUAAACACGAUGAACAUGGAGAGCAGCGUGAGAAUUUGUUUCAUACUCAUUGUUUAAUUGCUAAUAAGUUGUGUAACAUGAUUGUUGAUAGUGGAAGUUGUACUAAUGUCGCUAGUACUUUGCUUGUGGAAUUGAAAUUACCAACUACCAAACACCCAAGGCCUUACAAGUUGCAAUGGUUGAAUGAUAGUGGUGUUGUGAAGGUAAAUAAGCAAGUGCUAAUUUUUUUUUCCAUUGGGAGAUAUAAGGAUGAGGUGCUUUGUGAUGUGGUUCCCAUGUAUGCCGGACAUGUUUUAUUGGGAAGACCUUGGCAAUAUGAUAGGCGUGAAUAUGAAGAGCUAUUUCCCGAAGAUGUGCCUAAAGGAUUACCACCAAUUCGAGGAAUUGAACAUCAAAUUGAUUUCAUUCCGGGUGCAAGCAUACCUAAUAGGCCAGCAUAUAGAUGCAACCCCGAGGAGACAAAAGAAAUCCAAAGGCAAGUGAGUGAGCUUAUGGAUAAGGGGUACGUAAGAGAAAGCAUGAGUCCUUGUGCGGUUCCUGUAAUUUUAGUGCCUAAGAAAGAUGGUUCAUGGAGGAUGUGUGUUGAUUGUCGUGGAAUUCAUGUUGAUCAAGAAAAAGUAAAAGUAAUUAGAGAGUGGACAAAACCUACUAGUGUGCAUGAUGUUAGGAGGUUUCAUGGUCUUGCUAGCUUUUAUAGGAGAUUCAUUAAAGAUUUCUCUACAAUUACUGCACCUUUAACUGAAUGCAUUAAAAAGAAUGUGGGUUUCAAGUGGGGAAAAGAACAAGAUGAUGCUUUUAACUUGCUAAAAGAAAAACUUAGUUCAGCACCUUUACUUGCUUUGCCUGACUUUUCUAAAACCUUUGAGGUUGAGUGUGAUGCAAGUGGAAUAGGUAUUGGUGGAGUCUUGAUGCAAGAAGGAAGACCAAUUGCGUUCUUUAGUGAGAAGCUAAGUGAAGCAAGUCUAAACUACCCAACUUAUGACAAAGAGUUUUAUGCUUUGGUAAGAGUUUUAGAGACAUGGCAGCACUAUCUUUGGUAUAAGGAAUUCAUUAUACACACCGACCAUGAGUCUUUGAAAUAUCUCAAAGGACAACGGAAGCUAAGCCGUAGGCAUGCUAAAUGGGUGGAAUUUAUUGAAUCCUUUCCAUACAUCAUCAAGUACAAACAAGGUAAAGAGAAUGUUGUUGCCGAUGCUCUAUCUAGAAGACAUGAUGGUUUUCUUUUUAAAGAAAAUAAGUUAUGCGUGCCUCAAUCUUCUUUAAGAGAGUUGCUUGUGAGGGAGGCACAUGGUGGGGGUUUGAUGGGGCACUUUGGUGUGAGAAAAACUUUAGAUGUUUUAGAAAAUCAUUUCUUUUGGCCACAAAUGAAAAGAGAUGUUCAAAAAAUAUGUGAGAGAUGCAUCACUUGUAAACAAGCUAAAUCUAAAGUGAUGCCUCAUGGGUUGUAUACUCCACUUCCCAUACCUAAUGAACCUUGGGUAGACAUUUCUAUGGACUUUGUUCUAGGAUUACCUAGGUCAAGGGGAGGGAAAGAUUCUAUUUUUGUUGUUGUUGACAGGUUUAGCAAAAUGGCACAUUUCAUUCCAUGCCACAAGACAGAUGAUGCAACUCAUAUUGCGGGGUUGUUCUUCAAAGAAAUUGUAAGAUUGCAUGGGGUUCCAAGGACAAUUGUCGUUGAUAGAGAUGUCAAGUUCCUUAGCCACUUUUGGAAGACACUUUGGAGCAAGAUGGGAACAAAGCUUCUAUUCUCAACAACUUGUCAUCCACAAACGGAUGGACAAACGGAGGUGGUUAAUAGGACUCUCUCACAACUAUUGAGGGCAAUAAUUCAAAGAAAUUUGAAGAAUUGGGAAGAAUGUUUGCCACAUGUUGAGUUUGCAUACAAUAGGAGUAUUCAUGGUACAACAAAUUGUUCACCUUUUGAGAUUGUAUAUGGGCUCAAUCCAUUAACUCCAAUGGAUUUAUUGCCAUUACCCUGGGUUUGGGUACAUUUGAGAAAGGAAAGAUUUCCAAGCCAAAGGAAGUCUAAAUUAAUGCCAAGAGGGGAUGGGCCAUUCCAAGUUCUUGAAAGAAUUAAUGACAAUGCCUAUAAGAUAGAUUUGCCAAGUGAGUAUGGCAAUGUGAGUGCUUCUUUUAAUGUUGCUGAUCUUUCUUUAUUUGAUGUAGGUGAUGAAGUUGACAAUGAGGCUGAUUCGAGGACGAAUCCUUACGAGGAGAGAGGGAAUGAUGCAAUAAAGACAAGAAUUACAAAUGAUCCUUUAAGCUUUCAAGGAGGUCCAAUGACAAGAUCCAAGUCCAAAAGUAUGCAAGAAGCUUUGUUGGGCUUA